UUAUAGCCAGUAGUCUAAGUGCAUAUAUCUUCACAACUUCAUUAUGAAAGGGAAAGGUGGGCUAUGCAUCCAAAUCCCCUCUGAGGCAAGCAGAACAAUCACGCUGGAGAGUUUUCUUUUUUUUUUUUUUUUUUUUUGUUAGGGACACUGAGGACGCGUUGGACUUUUUUCUUUUCUCUCACAAUCGUCGCUCAACAAGGAGAAAGGAGGAGGAGGACAGAGAUGGCUGUGAAAUUCCUGUGGGAUUCAUUUUAAAACAGUGGCAUCAGUAAUUGAGCUAUACGACUCACUUCAAACUACUUAAGAACAAGUUGUUUAAAGGAGGACUGCCCCGUUUUUCUGCGUGUAUCCAUAUUCUGCUCCAAGUUUUCUCGCACACUUUCAGCAGCCUAUGAAAAGAAAUAAUGCGAGUUACGCGCAGUUGAUGCCUCCAAGAAGCCACCCCUAUUCUCAUAUGCCAGUCUGACUUUGGAACCUGUAUUAUUGCCAGACUCCGACCGCAGACCAAAAGAGGAGGAAGACUCCGAUGGAAAAUCAUGCAGCACUUUGAACCCAUGGAGACAUGGCACAUAGGUUCCUCUCAUCUACCAACAGAUUCAGCGCCAGAUUCGCCUUCAUAUUCACCGUGUCACUGUCUUGCACAUAUUUAUGCUACAGUAUCAUUUUUUGUCGCAGCACAAUCAUGACAAACCGGGGUUACGAGGGGAGAAGAUGCCCGCCGAGCAAGAACGCAGGGGGGAAGAAACUUCUUGGAAAUUCAGACAAUUGCGCUUCGCUGGAAGUCAGGUCCGCCCUGGAUGAGACCGCCGCACAGCGAGGAUCAAGUGAUCUCCGCGACCAAACUAAAGCCCCUGCCACGUCUGGAAGUCACUGGACUGACAUGAAGUUGAGAAACAUGAGUGUUGCGCAAAAAUAUGGGAAUAAGAAGCUGCCUAAUGCGUUAAUAGUCGGGGUAAAGAAAGGAGGCACCAGGGCGGUGCUGGAGUUCAUCCGGAUACAUCCAGAUGUGCGCGCACUCGGAACAGAGCCGCACUUUUUCGACAGAAACUACGACAGAGGGCUGGACUGGUACAGGGGACUAAUGCCACGAACACUAGACAGCCAGAUCACAUUAGAGAAGACUCCCAGCUACUUUGUCACCAGAGAGGCACCAAGACGCAUCUCCAGCAUGUCCCAUGAGACCAAGCUGAUUGUUGUGGUGCGCAACCCAGUCACAAGAGCCAUCUCUGACUACACACAGACUCUUUCCAAGAAGCCCGACAUCCCUACGUUUGAAGAGCUGGCCUUUAAGAACAGAAGUUUGGGUCUUGUCGACACUUCCUGGAACGCCAUCCGGAUCGGGAUGUAUAUCCUGCACCUGGAGAACUGGCUGCAGUACUUCCGCCUGUCGCAGAUGCACUUUGUGAGCGGGGAGCGGCUGAUCACCGAUCCAGCCGGGGAGAUGGGCCGCGUUCAGGACUUUUUAGGACUGAAACGAAUAAUUACGGACAAGCACUUCUACUUUAAUCGAACCAAAGGCUUCCCCUGUCUGAAGAAGCCGGAGAGCAGCAGCCAGCCGCGCUGCCUCGGCAAAUCCAAGGGUAGGACUCACGUGCAGAUCGACCAGGAGGUCAUUGAGCAACUGCAGGAGUUUUAUAGGCCAUUUAAUAUCAAAUUCUAUGAAACUGUGGGACAAGACUUUAAGUGGGAUUGAGGGUGCCAUACAGAAACAGUGCUGCUUUUAAAAUGGCUACCUCGAGAGACAUGUUAAAACAUAAAUGAGGGUAUCUUCAACAAACCGUUCAAAUGACAAGUCUAUUGAACUAUGUAUAAAUUCACAAGCUUAAUAUAAAACAGACAACUCAGACAUUAAAAUAUAAUCAUAAAUGGUUUUACGUCAUGCUGGGUUAUUCUGAUGUUAAGUGCCAUUUCUUUAAAAGAUCAAGCAUAGACAGAAACCCCUUUUCUUUACUGUAUACAGGACAUGACAUACGAAUUCAUCAGUAGGCAGCCAGCAUUAAUUCAUUAACCAGAAACCACCAACACUAGUCUGACAUUAAUGACACUGCUUGAAUAUUCAUUGCCUAACUUGCUUAUUUAUUCCUCAUUUCAGCUCAAAAUUAAACCACUGGUUUACAGUUAAAAUGAGCUCUCAACAUGAUGCAGCAGCAAAAUGUCAAAUGAAUAAAUAAAAUCACCCUGCCGGUUAUUCUGCACUGAAAUCUGUUGACAAAAGCUCAUAGGCAACAGUGACAAAUUUAUUUAAUAAAUGUACUGUAACUGAAGAAGAAAAAAAUAACAGCUUUAUUGAGAGACGCUGUAACACUGAUGAAAAUGAACCGUUUGUUAAACUCUACUUCAUCUUUUUCUGUGUUAGUGUUUCCGUUGUGAUCAUCGAAAAUAAGUGUAAAACAAAAGGAAUUAAAAUUAAAGGAUUUAUUUGAGAUA